UAGGGGGCGGAGUCUGCGCGCGGCUCUGGCUGCGGCUGCAGCUGCCCUUCCAGCUUCGGAGCCAAGGAGGCUGAGGCCUGGGCCGAGCCCGGAGCCGCCGCUCGCCCGAGCCCCUGGAGCCCUCGCGCCGGCUCAGCCUGGGGGCGGACUCGGGGCCGGCCCGCCGCCGCACGCCGGACAGAAGCUGCAUGCCGGAGGAGCAGGUCGGCGCAGCCAUGGAGGAGGCAUCUCCUUACUCAUUACUUGAUAUCUGCUUGAGUUUCCUGACCACUCACCUUGAGAAAUUCUGUUCAGCAAGGCAAGAUGGAACCUUGUGUCUGCAGGAACCAGGGGUGUUUCCUCAAGAGGUGGCUGAUCGACUGCUUCAGACCAUGGCAGUUCAUGGUCUACUGAAUGAUGGAACUGUGGGGAUUUUUAGAGGCAACCAGAUGCGCUUAAAGCGAGCUUGCAUUCGCAAAGCGAAGAUCUCUGCUGUUGCUUUCCGGAAAGCCUUCUGCCACCACAAAUUAGUGGAACUUGAUGCCACAGGUGUGAAUGCCGACAUCACCAUCACGGACAUUAUCAGCGGGCUUGGCAGUAACAAGUGGAUCCAGCAGAAUCUCCAGUGCUUGGUGCUGAACUCCUUGACUCUCUCCCUGGAGGAUCCUUACGAGCGGUGCUUCAGCCGGCUUUCCGGCCUUCGAGCUCUCAGCAUCACCAAUGUUCUCUUUUACAAUGAAGACCUGGCUGAAGUCGCCUCACUGCCACGGUUGGAGAGCCUGGACAUCUCGAACACCUCAAUCACAGACAUCACUGCUCUGCUGGCCUGCAGGGACCGACUCAAGUCACUAACCAUGCACCACUUGAAGUGUUUAAAAAUGACAACUACCCAGAUCCUGGAUGUUGUUCGGGAACUCAGACAUCUGAACCAUCUUGAUAUCUCAGAUGAUAAACAGUUUACAUCAGACAUAGCUCUUCGCUUACUAGAACAAAAGGACAUCCUACCCAAUCUUGUCUCUCUGGAUGUUUCUGGGAGAAAGCAUGUGACAGAUAAAGCUGUUGAAGCCUUUAUACAGCAACGGCCCAGCAUGCAGUUUGUAGGUUUGCUGGCCACUGAUGCUGGUUACUCUGAAUUCCUCACAGGCGAAGGACACUUGAAGGUGUCUGGAGAAGCCAAUGAGACUCAGAUUGCAGAAGCACUGAAGCGGUACAGUGAACGGGCGUUUUUUGUACGAGAAGCUCUGUUUCACCUUUUUAGUUUGACUCAUGUGAUGGAGAAAACAAAGCCAGAAAUUUUAAAGCUUGUGGUUACUGGGAUGAGAAAUCACCCUAUGAAUUUACCAGUGCAACUGGCUGCAAGCGCCUGCGUAUUUAACUUAACUAAGCAGGAUCUUGCUGCAGGAAUGCCUGUCCGACUGCUGGCUGAUGUGACCCAUUUGCUGCUCAAAGCUAUGGAACAUUUUCCCAAUCACCAGCAGUUACAGAAGAAUUGCCUCCUUUCACUUUGCAGUGACCGAAUCCUUCAGGAUGUUCCAUUCAACAGGUUCGAAGCAGCCAAACUUGUCAUGCAGUGGCUCUGCAAUCAUGAAGAUCAAAACAUGCAAAGGAUGGCGGUUGCUAUUAUUUCCAUCCUGGCUGCCAAGCUUUCUACAGAGCAAACUGCACAGCUUGGAGCUGAGCUCUUCAUCGUUAGGCAACUUCUUCAAAUAGUGAAGCAGAAAACCAAUCAAAAUUCUGUGGAUACUACGCUGAAGUUCACACUGAGUGCUCUGUGGAACCUCACAGAUGAAUCCCCAACCACAUGUAGACACUUCAUUGAAAACCAAGGUCUAGAGCUCUUCAUGCGGGUUCUGGAGUCUUUCCCAACUGAGUCAUCCAUUCAACAGAAAGUUCUAGGACUUUUGAACAAUAUAGCCGAAGUACAAGAAUUACAUUCUGAAUUAAUGUGGAAGGAUUUCAUCGACCACAUCAGUAGUCUGCUGCACAGUGUUGAAGUGGAAGUGAGUUACUUUGCGGCUGGCAUUAUCGCCCAUUUAAUAUCCAGAGGUGAACAGGCCUGGACACUAAGCCGUAGCCAGAGGAAUUCUCUUCUGGAUGAUUUGCACUCAGCUAUCCUGAAGUGGCCAACUCCAGAGUGUGAGAUGGUUGCGUACAGGUCCUUCAACCCAUUUUUCCCUUUACUUGGCUGUUUUACAACACCAGGCGUCCAGCUGUGGGCAGUUUGGGCCAUGCAACAUGUCUGCAGCAAGAAUCCUUCAAGGUACUGCAGCAUGCUGAUUGAAGAAGGAGGAUUGCAACACUUAUAUAACAUCAAAGAACAUGAACAGACUGACCCUCAUGUCCAGCAGAUUGCUGUGGCAAUUCUGGACAGCUUAGAGAAACAUAUUGUGCGUCAUGGGAGGCCACCUCCCUGUAAGAAGCAGCCCCAGGCUAGAUUAAAUUGAUAGUCAUAGGUGAUUGGAUAAUUGAGUCACCAGGAUCCUUUUUGUGAUUGGUCCACUUAGACUAUCUUAAGAUCAAUUUGGGAUUAAUAAUGUACAGUACUGCCCAUGUGAACAGUCUAAUUUGUCUUGUGAUUUUUAACUUAUGAGGCAAGAAAGGUCUCUAUCAUUCCCUUUUAGGAGAUUUUCCACAUCUUUCAGUGUUUGAAUUUACCUGUGCUUGAGAUGCUACAGUUUUCUGAUAAAGUUUGCACGAACCCUUAGGCCAGACUUUUCUGAUCUCGAAGUCCCUUCCAGUCAAUUUGUGGGCUCUGACGAGUUGUUGCCCUGUUUCUGGCACUGUUUCAGUUGUGAAGUUUCUACCGCUUCUGUGUAAAAUGCUUUUAUCCUCUGCAUAUCUUUUAGAACACACCCUUCUUAGUGUGAGAGAAGGGAAACCCGCGCUGUGUCGGCACAGAAGCCCACCACCCUGUGGAGCCUGGGUGGCUGACAGAAAAAUACAGUGGGAAGAAAAACAAUUGGGGGAGGAUGGAGUUCGGGAAUUGAGGAUCACUGUCAUGGUAUGGUUCUAAAAGAGGACAGCUGCCCUUCUGGAGCCCACCUCUUUGGGGGCAGGCUUGUUCUCUGUAUUUAUGACUGGAAACAUGGUCUAGUACUUCCUGUAAAGAUUGUGGGUUGUCCUCUAGAAAUAUUUCCCAAUCAUCACACCAUUAAUUAUUACAGCACUCUGGGUUCAAGUCUGUCUAAUUCUCUGUCACAGUAUUCUGAAAAUGUAAAAUUUUAAAAAAUCAUCUUUGGUUAAAAGUAGCUAUCCUUUUCCUGCUAUUUUAAAGCUAUUUCUGUGGGAUUGAGACUACUCAUGGUAUUAACUUGCUCAGUGAAAACACAAAUGACAACAGUAAGGUUUGCACAGAAAGUUAAAUUUGGGUUGGAGUUGUCACUCAGAGGUCAGGUGUGUGCUUAGCACAUACAGCCCUGAGUUCAGACACAGCACUGAGAAAGAAAAAAGUUAAUUUUUUUCCAAAUAUGUUUAUCUUCUUAAUUUAUUCAUGUUGUAAAAAGAUGUCCACAUCUCACUGCCAAAAAUGAAAGAAAAGACCAUUGUUGAAUGAUUAGAUGUAACAAUUCCAGUUACAGUAGAUAAAGGGAAAUAUUUUUGAUGGAUUAUUUUUUAGACAAUUGCCUUUCCUUUAAGAUAUUUGAUACAAUAUAGUAAAAAAUAAAAUACGAUAAUAUCAAUAACUGCACUGGAGAGGCAGCAAAUCUCCAAAAAAUAAUCCAUUUAAAAUUUAUUUUAUUAAUAAGGUUAAUCUGCAAUCUCAGUUGAUUGUAUUUUCUUCAUAGCCAAAAUAGUUUCAGUAGCAAUUUUUUUAAAUGGGACGUUAAAAUGAUAAUGGUUCUCUAGAAGUGUGAUAGACCUGGCUGUCAGAGGACCCUUCAGAAAAGAGCUGGCGUGUUAGUGCAUUGAUGGCAUUUUUAACACUUGUUCCAUACUACAGUUAAACUACAUGGACUUGAAUUUUUGGUGUACCUUUAUGGAGACAAAAACUAAAUUAAACUAAAAGAAAGCAGAUAUGUGAAACCAUUAAAAGCUGUGUUAAAAUUCCUCAGUGUAAGGAAUUUUGGGAAGCUGCAUUUUCACAGACGAAGGAGGAGGUACCUCAGAGGAGGUACAAAAUUCUGUUUGUCUUUUUUUCCCUUAACUUUAAUGUCUAAGGCAAAAUUCAGAAAAUAGGAUGGUCCACAAUAGCUUGAAAAUUGCUAGUGAGGUUGGCCAUUUUCAAGUUUUUCUAGAAUAAUUAAGGGAAAGUCUGUUUGAGAAGUUUGGCUUCAAGUUUUUAUUUUAUACCAUUCAAGACAAAAAUGUAUGUUGUCUACACACUACUGCUAGAUUCUUGUCUUUAAAAUUUUGUUUUGUUUUCUUCUUUGGUUUUUGAGACAGGGUCUCACUAUGUAGCCCAGGCUGGCCUCAAACUCAGGGAGAUCCUCCUGCCUCUGCCUUCAAAAGUGCUGGAGUUACAGGCAUGUACUCCACGCCUGGCAAAAGUUAUUUUUAGAAAUGACUAAAAAUAUACAGAAAACGGCAGAUACCCACUUUAUUUGGAGAAACUUCUGGAUAGAUGAAGACUCAAAAAUGUUUAAAUUUACUAUUUUGAGUAUCAGUAGCAGCCAGAUACUGAGUCUUAAGUGUACGUGUUAACGUCUGAGUCUUAAAUGUAAAAUAAUUGACCAUAUCCGGAAUAUGUAAGUUUUAGUGCCUUUGUGGUUAGGAGGGUUCUUAAGAUUGUUUGUAUAAUUAAGGCACAGAAUUGUCUGUGAGGUCUUGAAUUUGGGUGAAAUAUAGUGGAUGAAUGUAAUGAAAGGAUGAGGUAUAAUUGCCCAAGUCUCUACAUUUAGAAUUGUAAAGUGGAGUGUAACAUACUUGGGGCCUCCAGUCACUGGAGUCGUGACUUACCUUUCAGUGACUUUGAGGUGCCAAACACAGUUUAGACUUAAGGUUAAACCACUCAUUGCUCAAGUCAUUGGUAUGCUCAGAUAUUUAGAUAUUUUUAAAAAUAAAUCAAUAGGUUAGUCCAUAGGGAACAGCAAGUUAUGGAUAUAUUAAGAAAUGGAUGCACAAAGCCCUGGGCUUAGUCCCUAGCAAUACACAUGAAAGAAGGAAGGAAGAAAGGAAAGAAGGGGGGGGGGAGGCAGAGAGGGCGUGGUGGUGCAUGCCUGUAAUCCCAGCAUUUGGGAGGCUGAGGCAGGAGGAGUGCUAUGAGUUUGAGAUCAGCCUGAGCUGCAUAGUUUAAAACCAGCCUGGACUGCAAACUGAGACCCUGUCUCAAAAAACCAACAAAACAAAACAAAGAGAAAAACAUGUUUUAGGUUAUAGUGCUAUGUGUUGGUAUCAUUGAGUAUAACACAGCAGAACAAAUAUAAUUAUGGCAUUUUAUUGUUUGCAGCAAGUAAGUUUUUCUAUGGCCUUUGUACCUAAAAAAUACUGUUUUCUUUUGGGUUGAGAGGUUAGCUUAGCUCAGUGCCAUGACCCUGGGUCCAAUUCUUAGCACCAAAAAAAAAGAGUUAUGGGCUUCCUCACACACACACACACACACUUUUCUGUUUGCAGUUUAAAAAGAAGAAUAAAUCAAGUAUUAACUGAGGGUUAGUUGACCCUGUAGCCAAGGACUUAGUUGAAGUUUUCCGUUUUGGGGGGACAGGCUCUUGCUCUGUCCCACACUGGCCUUGAACUUGCUGUGUAGCUCAGGCUGACCUUGAAUCAUGAUCUCUGUCUCAGCCUUCCUGAAUGCUGAGAUGACUGGAGCCACCAUGCCCAUUUUUUUAGUUGCAGAUUUUUUUCCUAUCAGGUACUAGAUACUUUGCACAGAGCUAUACCCUUUUCCUUUCAUCUUAGCCCUUUUUCAAAAAUCAUUUUUAUUUUGAGACAGGGUCUUGCUGUCACUAAGCUGCUCAUGUGCAACCCUCAUGCCUCAGCCUCCUACAGUGGCAGGUAAACCACCACAGCACUUCUCCUAGGUGAAGACUUUUCAAAACUGUACCAGACCCACAGUUUACCAUUGCUUCAGGACAGGAAUGCAGUUUAGUAGUGCUAACAAACUUCGGGAAGAGUACAGUGAGUGUGAGACUGCUAUGGGAAUUUGCCUAAUGGAGUCUUGUAUUUGCAGACUUUCAAAGAAUUAGAUAUUUAUGUUUAAUAACUGUUAGUCCUCUAUAUCCAGUUUACAAAGUUGCUCUUACAAGUAAGUCUUUUCAUGCUGCCUCUUUUCUCCCUAGCUAUUUUAUUUUUCUAUUUUAUUUUAUUUUGGUGCCAGGGAUUGAACUCACGAGCUCGUGCUUGUCAGGCAGGUGCUUACACCGCUGAGUUAAAUCCCCAGCUCUUACCUAGUCACUUUAAUUUGACUGUACUUUUUUUUUUUUUGGUACCAGGGGAAUCGAACUCUCAACCUCUCACUUGCCAGGCAGGCAUUGUGCCACUGAGCUACAUCCCUGUCCCUGGCUGUACUUUUUAAAUCAUGCCAUGUAUUACGAUAACAUUAGGCCAUCUUCUGUCACCUUUGAGCACAUUUUGAAUGAAAAUAAUUUAUGUGCUAAAUUAGGGUAAAUUAGAUUAAUGAACUAUAAGUUUGGUUUAUUGUUUUAAAAUGCCUUAUCCUCCCAAAAAAGAAAAGAAAGUCGAAUGCAUUAGUCUCAUAUGGAAAAAUGUACAGCAGUACCCAGACUGAACAGAAGUAGCAAGAACUUCCCGUUCUGUGGAUGGUGAGACAUUCCUUUCUCCUGCCCUCUUACUGGUACGUUUACAUCACCAGUUACUGUACAGCUUUAAUCACGGUAUAAGCAGUAUUAUUAAACUGAAGGUACGAGUUACAGGCAGUGUCACACUGUCACUGAUGCCUUUUCUAAAGUUACCUGUAUGCUGUUUAUUUGGGGACUUUGUAUUGGGAGGGGCUGCUGAACAAUUCUCUGACCUUUCAGAGAGGUUUACAAACUGUAGAUUUCCCUGUGAAGUCCAAUUUCAGAUGAGUUUGUGUAUAUAAGAUGUUUAGUAUUUUGUUGACAUUUUUAAUUUCAGUGUUAAUUUAACGAAGUGUUUACUUUAGGAAUAAAGCAAAACUAACCUUCAUCCAGUAAUGAAAAUAGUAUGAUUGGAAAAUCUGCUAAUUGGGCUUUAAAUGAGUGAUUGUUUUAUCCUAAGUAUUUCAUAGACUUUGCAUGAUAUAGUGCUUUGGAUUCCAAAGCUUAAGGUAAAACACCAUAUUCAUUGUUAACAGAAGCCUUUUAGCCUGUUCACCAUCACACACUUUUUUAUAUGACUUAUGUAGUUCUAAAUGCUGUUUUUCAUUCUGAAUGAAGUAAACCUCUUUUAAACAGCACAGCCUAACUUUAUAACCAGACAAAUGACCAUUAAAAAUAAUCCCUCCAGGCCAGGCAUGGUGGUGGACUCCAGCAAUCCUAGCGUUCAGGAAGUUGAGGUAAGAGGAUCCCCUCUGAGUCGGAGGCCAGCCUGGGCUACAUAGCAAGUUCAAGGCCAAUUUGAAUUACACAGCAAGACUCUUUCUAAAAAAGAAAAAAAAAAUGGAUAUUUCAUCCAGAGUCUGAGGUAGGAUGAUUGUAGUUUUGAGACCAGCCUGUGUUCAACUGAGUAAGACCCUGUCUCAAAAGUAAACACGGUAGAUGGAACUGGCUGCUCCCUGGGUUCAGUCCCCAGCACACUCCCCACCCCUGAGAAUACUUCAGAGCUGGGCUGCUGGUGCUUUCCUGUAGUUUGUAGCCCAGCUCUUCUGGGUGUAUAUGAGCCCAAGGGUUUGAGAUCUGCCUGGAUAACAUAACAAAGAUUCUUUCUCAAAAAAACCCCCCGAUAUAAUUCUAAAAAUCUAAAUUUACCAAAAUUAUUUUAUGAGGAAUCCUACAUCUAGUUUACCAAUAGUGGGUGCUUAAUAUGAGGCUCACUUUGGGGAAAAGUUUAAAUUGGCCUUCUUACUUUAAUCAGCUUUAAAGCAAGAAAUUACUUUAGCUACUGAAAGCUAAGGAUACCAUCAUAAAAGGAAAUCUUGAGAGCAUUUUCCCUCCAAAAACAGGAUGUUAUGUAAAGACUUACACUCUCACAUUAACAAGUAUAAAAAACAAGUUUAAAUCUGACCUUUGUAGGAUUCUCUGUAAAAUUCUGAGUGGUGAGUGUGAGAAAAGCAAUCUUUUGCUUGAAUUCUGAUGGAAGAGCUGAACGCCUUUCAACGAAUAUGAAAAAUUCAUUGGAAAGUUUAAUGUACAUACAUUUUAAGACUCUCAGUUACCUGGACAGCAAGCACUGUUCUCCUAUGGGCCAGAUAAUGGGAGUAUUCUGUAUCUGAAUCAUGCUAUAUUUUAAAUCAGGACAUCACUUAAGUAUUAAUGUUGUGUGUACAAAAUUUUGUUUUGGAAUUUUUUUGGUUUUUGCCUAAAUAAAUGGUAUAAAUUUUAUGUAAAA